AUGGGUCCUGAAAGGACAAAAUUCUGCGAUCUGUGCCAGCAGGACCUCAAGCCGCGUGGUUGGACCACCCAUUGCAAGGCCUGCGAGAAGAAGGCUGAGAAACAGCGUCAGAAUCAAAUUGUGGCAGAAUCCAUUCAAAGGCAAAAUUCAGGUGCAGCAGCAGAUUUUCCUGACGCAGAUGUCCCUGAGCAUGUGGAACCCACUUUCCAGGUUGACGACAUCAUGUGCGAAUACCAUCCAAGCAGUAAGAUCCCACCUGAAUUCGAAUUCGCUGAGCUUGCGCUGGAGGCUUGCUUGAAUAACGAGCAGACCGAUUAUCUCAUCAAACUUUGCAACCGGUGCACUUCCUGCCAAGAGAAGUUCACAUUUCAGACACACAAGGACAUUCACGACAGGUGGGACACUGCUUCCUAUCGCAUUACAGGGUUUACUAAAGACGUGAUCUCGUUCGACUUGCAUUAUCGGAAUCUCUGGGAGUGGGCUACCGACCUCCUUCAUGAUCCUCGGCUCUUUCCGCACAUGUUUAAUGGCAAGGAAUUCGUAAAUUUUGUAGACGAGCCGUACACUGCUGAAGCUUUUUGGAAUAUUCAAUCUCAGCUACCAGAUGGUGCCAAGCUGCUAGCUUUCAUUCUCUAUGCCGAUAAGACUAAGUUGUCCUCAUUCGGCACCACAAGAGGUUACCCUGUUGUUGCCCGUCUCGCAAAUCUGCCCACCGAAAUUCGCAAUAGUCAGGGUAUAGGUGGUGGCUAUGUCGUCGGAUGGCUUCCGAUUGUGAAGGAAGAGAAAGACCACGCUGGUAAACCGAGCUGGGUCAAUUUCAAGAAUGCAGUUUGGCAUGAAGCAUUCUUGAAGAUUCUCUCUCCAUUAGCAUUGAGAUCUAGCAUGGGACAAUGGUUUGAAUGUCUCGACAACCUUCAACGCUGGUUCUUUCCUCUGAUAUUAAUUUUAUCGGCUGAUUAUGAAGAACAAUGUGUUAUGUCGCUAACUCGAGGGAUCAAAUCGUUGUGGCCAUGCCCAGUUUGUCUCGUUCCCCAUGACGAGCUUCUAAAUACUUUGAAGACAUAUCCUUGUCGAACGUCCGAUCAGUCACAGAACAUCUUGAAGGUUGCACGGGACAAGGAGACUGCUGAAGAGAGAGAUAACACGCUCAAACAAUAUGGACUUCAUGAUGUCUCGAACGCCUUUUGGAUUGUCAUGUUCACGUGUGUACAUAAUGCACUCUCGUGGGAUAGGCUCCAUUUUAACGGGGGCCUGUACCGCGAUCAUCUGUGGGCUGAACUGCAAAAAAUAAUCACUGGUUUGGGGAGAGCGAGUGUAGCUAAGAUGGACAACAAUUAUGAGGCAUUUCCGCAGUGGCAAAAUCUGAAGCAUUUAGCGCAAAUUAUGAGCAUUUCAUUCACCGAUAGUAGCGUGUAUGAAGAUAUUUCCAAGAUGGUAAUAUAUGCCACACAUACCAUCGUCACUGAGGACAAGUGUCCACUCGGCUACCACUUACUUCGUUGCAUCUGCCUCUUUAUCGAAGUCGAUAUGUAUGCAGCGCUCGAGGUUCACACAGCCAACACUAUCCAUGCAGGCCGACACACUGUGAAAGUGUUCUCAACAUAUCUACAGCAAUAUAUAACAAAAACGGCCGACAACAGCGACAAGAACUGGAACUUUCCGAAAUUGCACAUGAAUGUGCAUAUCUUCAAUAAUAUCGAAGCCAAAGGAGCGACCUGCAACUACAACACGAAACCGAAUGAGAAGAUGCAUGGGUUGCUGAGAGACUUGUAUUUGAUGCGCACCAACUUCAGGGAUGUCGCACCACAGAUUCUUUGCAUCAAUCAUUGGCAAGUCAUAGCUGAGAAUAUUCGCCGCAACAUAUCCGACUUCAAUGAGCAUCAGUUACGAGACAUCGAAGAUGCACUGGACAAAGACAAUUCUGUGGUGGAUGAUUUGGUUGUUUCGAACGACUCCCUUCAUGUAAAGCUUGGGUCCAGACAAGCUCCACAGACCUUUGAAUCUGUCGAGAACACUCACAAGGACGAUGGCGCAUUUACUAACUUUCAUAUCAAGCUCAAUGACUUUUUGACUAACUUUUUAUUAGUGAUUCAAGCCCCUCUACUGGGUGGAAAGCGGGUCCAACUCAAAGCAAGCGAUAAGAUUACUGAGUGCCGGUUCUUGAAAGUCAACUAUGAGUCAUUGGUAGAUUGGUGCCAACACACCGACUACCUUCGAUGCAACCCCAAAUUCUUUGGGGCUCCACGCUUUGAUUGUGUGUUCAUCCAGACGACCGACAAGAUCAUAUUUGGUCACCUGCUCUUCGUUUUUGAAUGCACAGUGGAGGAUAGAGUCUUUUCUCUCGCUCUUAUUCACUCAUUUGACGCUCCCACUGGUGUGUGCAUCCAAAAGGACAAGCACCUCAACAUCUUUUGUGCUGAGUUUUUUUCAGUAAGGUCGAUCAUCUGCGGAGCUUUCCUAGUGCCAGAUGGUAGCCACGACUACCUUGUCAUUGACACCGUUGAUACCAACAUGUUUCUUUGCGUAAAGGCGCUGCACCUUGAGGCAGGGCAUCUUAUAUGCGUUUGA